AAAAAACAAAUAAAAAUCAAAUAAUCUAUUUUCUUUUUUUUUUUUUUUUAUAAAGUUAUAAUAAAUAGAUUUAUUCUAAAUUUUAUAUUAUUAUUUUAAUUUUUAUUGUAAAUAUUUAUAUAUAAAUUAUAUAAUGACAGAUUCAAGAAAAAGAAAAGAUAGAUCAACUAAUACAACUAAAACAUAUAAUACAUGGACAGAUUUUGAAGAAGAAUUAGAAGAAUCAGGGGAAUUUAAUCAAUCUAUAAAAAAAACAAAUAGUGUUACCAGUAACAAUAAUAAUAUAAAUACCGAAACAGAAGGAAAAGGAUCAUUUCACGAUUUUUCAAAGAAAUGUGGUUUAAAGAAAGAUGAUAAAACGAGACCAUUAUGGGUAUGUCCAGAUGGACACAUUUUUUUAGAAACUUUUUCACCAAUUUAUAAACAAGCAUCAGAUUUUUUGGUCGCAAUUUCAGAACCAGUUUGCAGACCACAGUUAAUUCAUGAAUACCAGCUAACACCGUAUUCAUUGUAUGCAGCGGUAUCAGUAGGUUUGGAGACCAAUGACAUUAUUACAGUAUUAAAUAGAUUAUCAAAACUAUAUUUGCCAAAAGAAGUAGAGCAAUUCAUCCGACAAUGUACACAAAGUUAUGGUAAAGUCAAACUAGUAUUACAAAAGAAUAAAUAUUUCGUAGAGUCUGCAUAUCCCGAGGUACUAGAGUUUCUUUUAAAAGAUUCUACAAUUGCAUCAUCCAGAAUCAAGCCAACACUCGAAGAGUCUGUUAUUGAUCCAAAAACUGGUUUAAUUAUUAAUAAAGUAGAAAUUGUUGGUGCACAAAUUAGUGGUGGCCUUCAAGCUAAUCAAUCAUUAGAUCCAGUUUUAAAAAAUGAUGCACUUACAUCACUUUUGGAAGAGGAGGAAGAAGAUACAGUUAACAACUCUGAUCAACAUUUUCAUUCAUUCGAAAUUAAUUCUCAAAUGGUCGAAGAGGUAAAGAAGCGUUGUAUUCAAUUGGAUUACCCAGUAUUGGAAGAGUAUGAUUUUCGUAAUGACACAGUUAAUCCUAAUUUAAAUAUUGAUUUAAAGCCAACUACAAUGAUUCGUCCAUAUCAAGAAAAGUCGUUAUCUAAGAUGUUUGGUAAUGGUCGUGCUCGUUCAGGAAUUAUUGUUUUACCUUGUGGUGCUGGUAAGUCGUUGAGUGGUAUCACAGCGGCAUGCACUGUCAAAAAGAGUAUCUUGGUUUUGUGUACAUCUGCUGUAUCUGUAGAGCAAUGGAAGUAUCAAUUCAAAUUAUGGAGUAAUAUUGAAGAGAAAAUGAUUUCUAAAUUCACAAGUGACAAUAAAGAAAAACUUUGUAGCUUGGCAGGUGUCACCAUUACAACCUAUACUAUGGUAGCUUUUGGUGGUAGACGUUCAGCAGACUCUUUAAAAAUUAUGAACGAAAUUACAAAUAGAGAAUGGGGUUUGGUAUUAUUAGACGAGGUACACGUAGUUCCAGCUGCAAUGUUUAGAAAGGUUUUAACAGUAACAAAGGCUCAUUGUAAAUUGGGUCUCACUGCAACAUUGUUACGUGAAGAUGAAAAGAUUCAGGAUUUAAAUUUCCUUAUUGGUCCAAAGCUUUAUGAGGCCAAUUGGUUAGAUCUUCAAAAAUCAGGUUUCCUUGCCAAUGUAUCAUGUUCUGAAGUAUGGUGUCCAAUGAGUGCUGAGUUUUAUAAAGAGUAUCUCAUCAAUGACAGUCAAUGCAAAAAGAAGCUUUUAUACACUAUGAACCCAAAUAAGUUCCGUGCUUGCGAAUAUUUAAUUAAAUUCCACGAACAAAGAGGUGAUAAGAUUAUUGUAUUCUCUGACAACGUUUAUGCUCUUCAAAAGUAUGCCAAGGGUUUAGGUAAAUAUUUCAUCUAUGGUCCAACAUCAGGUCACGAAAGAAUGAGUAUUCUAUCAAAGUUCCAACAUGAUCCAAAGGUUAGAACUAUUUUCAUCUCAAAAGUUGGUGAUACAUCUAUCGAUAUCCCAGAAGCCACAGUCAUCAUUCAGGUUUCAUCUCAUUAUGGUUCACGUCGUCAAGAGGCUCAACGUCUUGGUCGUAUUUUACGUCCAAAACCAAAGUCUGAUGGUCUUUACAAUGCAUUCUUUUAUUCAUUGGUCUCUAAAGACACACAGGAAAUGUAUUAUAGUACUAAAAGACAACAGUUUUUAAUUGACCAAGGUUACAGUUUCAAAGUUAUUUCCGAAUUACCAGGUCUUGAUCAAGAUCCAACCCUUAAAUACACUUCAAAACAGGAACAAUUGGAAUUAUUGGGUCAAGUUUUAGGUGAAGGCGAGGAUAGUGGUAAAAAUGAAACACUCGAAGAAGAUUUCGAUGAUAUUACUCGUGGUGGUACAGCUAAAAAACAAAAACCAGGUACCAAUCCAACUGCUGUUAGUAGAACUACUGGUGGUUCAAUGAAGGCUUUAUCUGGUGCAAAUGAUGUUAAUUAUAUGGAAUAUCAAACACCUUCAAUUUAUAAUAAAAAUCGUCCACUAAAAAAAUAAUAUAAUAAUAAUAAUAAUAAUAAUAAUAAUUGUAAUAAUCUUUUCUUUUCUUUUCUUUUUUUCUUUUUUUUUUUUUAUCAAAUAGAAUUUUAUAAUAUCAUCAGUACCAAUAUAAACAUAAAACAUAAAACAAAAAAAUAAAAAUACACAAAAAAAAUUAUAAAAUUAAUAAUAUAAAAAAAAAACAAUCAUUAUCUUUUUUUUACCAAUUUUAUUUCAAAGUUUAAUUAGAUUUC